GUGGAGUCAAUAAGUUUGUUGCGCCGGCAUUUUGUACAUUCAGCGUGGUCGAAAGAGAGUUGGUUCCUCCGUGAAGCGAUUUUUAUAAAUAAUCGCGGAGAGGUUUCUCAUUCCUAACAACAGAUAUCUUUGUCAAGAUAACAAAUAGAAUUUUCUCUGUAAAAAGAUGGCUGAUGAAGUUAAUCCAAGAGCAUACCCUUUAGCGGAUGCAACAUUGACUGCGAAAAUCCUUAAUUUGGUUCAGCAGGCAAUGAAUUACAAACAAUUAAGGAAAGGAGCCAAUGAAGCAACAAAAACGUUAAAUCGUGGUCUAUCAGAAUUCAUUGUAAUGGCUGCAGAUGCAGAACCUUUAGAAAUUCUAUUACAUUUGCCACUGUUAUGCGAAGAUAAGAAUGUUCCAUAUGUAUUUGUAAGAAGUAAACAAGCAUUAGGUCGUGCUUGUGGAGUAUCUAGACCUGUUGUUGCUUGUUCAGUGACUGUUAACGAAGGUUCACAACUAAAGCCACAAAUUCAAGCGAUACAACAAGAAAUCGAACGACUUCUAGUUUAAGUUAUUAGUACCUGAUUUAAAAAAAACAAACAUUCUUCAAGUUUUAACUUUAUAGCACAGUUUAUAUUUUCUCACAAAAAGUUUAAAGUAUUCUUAAAAAAUUCAACUACAUGCAAUUCAUGUGAAAUGUUAUAUGUAUCAUCUUCAUAAUAAAACUAAUAACAAUAAAUUGACUAUUAUUCAUAAAGUUAAAUGAACUAUAAUAA